ACCUGCACUUAUUUGGAGGAAUUGUUUGGCUUGUUUGGAGAGAGUGUGAACCUGGGUGCCGUUACUUCUGUUGACCGCAAAAGGAGCGAAAGGGGACGCAAAAUCACUGCAGAGGAACCACAAACCGUCUGAAUCGCGGUGGUCAUAUGAGCAGCGGCAGCAGAAGAAACAGUGAUGGAGGAUGUGUGCCGCUGGAUAAGGAGGCGCUGUUGUGGUGAGGGCGAUGAGGCCCGUGAGCCGGGGGAAACAGAGAAGGAAGAAAUGGAGGUAAUGAGGAUGGAGGAGAGGGCUGUCAAAAAGAGCAGGAGUUCCUCAUCACUGCCAGCCACCGAGCUUGAUGAAGACAGUUCCGGAACUCAACCCCACUGGUUCCACACGCUGCAGAUGCGACGACUUCGAGUGCAGCGAGAGCGCAGCAACAGUGACCCGUGGAGCAGCAACAGCUGCCAGAAUCCCUUCAUCUGGAAACCAGGGCUUCAGUUCGGAACCGCCAACUCGUAUGUGAGUCUGGAGAAACUUGGUGAAGGCUCGUACGCGUCUGUUUUUAAAGGAAUCAGCAGGAUUAAUGGGCAGCUGGUGGCGCUGAAAGUGAUCGAGACAAAGACAGAGGAGGGUGUGCCUUUCACUGCCAUCAGGGAAGCCUCUCUGCUUAAAGGCCUGAAACACGCCAACAUCGUCCUCCUUCAUGACAUCAUCCACGCCCGAGACUCGCUCACCUUCGUCUUCGAAUACGUGCAAACAGACUUGGCUCAGUACAUGAACCAGCAUCCAGGAGGUCUGCACUCUCACAACGUGCGGAUCUUCAUGUUCCAGCUGCUACGGGGCCUGGCUUUCAUCCACAGUCGCCGCAUCCUCCACCGCGACCUGAAGCCUCAGAACCUGCUCAUCAGCUACUUGGGAGAACUCAAACUGGCUGAUUUUGGUUUGGCCCGGUCCAAGUCGGUGCCCUGUCAGAGUUUCUCCUCAGAAGUGGUCACGCUGUGGUACCGGCCCCCUGAUGUCCUGUUAGGCUCUAUAGAUUAUUCCACAGCUUUGGAUAUCUGGGGAGCUGGUUGCAUCUUUGUUGAGAUGCUGCAGGGGGCACCGGCAUUCCCUGGAGUCACUGAUGUGUUUGACCAGCUGCAGAAAAUAUGGACGGUCCUUGGCAUCCCAUCGGAGGACAACUGGCCUGGAGUGACUCGACUGCCCAAUUAUCAAUCAGACUGCUCUCUUCCCCCCAAGUUAAAGCCAAUUCGCUGUGUAUGGAAAAGGUUAAACCAACUACCGUACAAAACUGAAGACCUUGUUCAGAAGAUGCUGAUGCUGGCGCCUGCAGACCGCAUAUCAGCACCAGAUGCCCUGCGUCACUCCUAUUUUAGCACGCUGCCGGAGGCCGUCAUGCACCUGAGGGACACCGUGUCCAUCUUCAAGGUGCCCGGCAUUUACCUGGAGACGGAGGUUCGUGACACCUUGAACCCCAGCAGGCGAGUCAGACCUUCACUGCUGCUUGCCGCCAAGUUCUGGUGACCUCAUCAAUACAAGUAAUCAAGUUGUUACAGUCCAACUUGUGCUAUGAGUCCAAGAUGUGUUGGAGUGGAGGAGCUGACUUGUAUAUUUCAUUCAUUGCUUGCUCUUACGGCAUCAGUUAUCAUCUCUUAUCAGCUGUCUUCAAAUGUCCACUGAGAGUUAUCAGCCUCCAUGGGGCCCUAAGCAAAAUUAGAUUUUGGGGCCCUCUAUUUCUGCCAAUAAUAUUGAUUGUUGAUCUUUCACACACCUUCUAUAAAUCAUUGCGGCUCUGGCAGUGUUGUUUACAUUAUCCUGUUUUCAGCCUGGCAUGUCUUUACAAAUGAUAUGUCAUUUUUAUAAAGAUAUGGAGGUGGCCCAGUUAAGAACAUAAAUAAUACCAAUGAAUGAACGAAUGAUGUCCAGAGUGCCACAUAUGGUUCCUAAUCUUAAAAUGUAGAAAACAUUCAGCUACAAGAGUGGCCUGGGGUUGAACAGUCCAAGUGAUAAAGCUUUGUAUUUACAGUAAGUGUCAUCUUGUUUCAUCAGUCUUGUACAUAUUAGUCUUUAUUUACUAGUUUAUAUUUUUAGUUAAUUGUUCAUAUUUAAUGUUUACAUUGUACAAAGAGAGCGCAGUCUACUAAAGUUAAAUUCCAUGUGUGUUAAACAUAACUGGACAAUAAAGCUGAUCCUGA